ACGGGGCGUGGCGGGGGGCUGGGGUGAUGGGGGGCGCGUCUCCAAGGCGCGGGCACUGGGUAGGGAGCUGCCUGCCUUGCUGGCUGCGCCUGGGGCUGUGUCUUCUAACGGCGGGAUUCCUGCGCGCUGGCUGGGGUCGCUGGCUCCGGUCCCGGGUGUCUCCUGAGAGCGGUUUGGUGGCUAUACGUGGGGGGUCCCUGCUGCUGCCCUGGUUGUAGAUAUCUGAGGGUCAGGUUCCUGCGAGCCGUGACAUGUCCCGAUUCACGUAGGGAGUCAGUGUUAGCGCGGGGUCAGAAAUCAGAGGGGCAGUGUGGAGGACAGGGGGAGCAGGAGGUGUGGUUUGCUAAUUCAGCCUCUGUGGCUUCGUGCCCAUCACUUUAUCUCUCUGUCUCGCUUGUCCUAGCCAUAAAAUGUAGGCAACAAUACUGACUGCUACCUUCUUUACAGAGGGGGACAGGGAGUGGUGCUGUUAAGAUUUAUCAGUGCACAGUCAACCUGUGGAACUCCUUGCCAGGGGAUGUUCUGAAGGCAAAAACUAUAACUGAAUUAAAAAAGAAUUAGAUAAAUAUAUGGAGGAUAUUGGAUAACACGGAAUGUUUGUGCAGACUUCUCUUUGGGCUUGGAUGUUUUCCAUUUUGUUAGCUCUUUGUCUCCACAGUAUGACUUGACUAAAAGCACAGCAAAGUGGAGAACUGUGCUAAAGAAUUGCCAGUGCCAGACUGGAGGAUAUUGGAGGAUCAAUGGCUAUUAGCUAAGAUGGUGAAGGAUGCUACCCCAUGCUCUGGGUGUCUCCCUGUCCAUUCCCUGCAUCUGGGAUGGGUCACUUGAUGAUUGCCCUGUUCUGGUCAUUCCCUUUGAAGCAUCUGGUAUUGGCCACUGUCAGAAGACAGGAUACUGGGCUAGAUGGACUACUGGUCUGACCCACUGUGGCGGUUCUUAUGUUCUUAAUGUUUAAAGUGUGCCAUAGAAGCGUGAACUAUGACUGUGUCAUGUGACCAGGUGCUCUGUUUUUAUGUCUAUCUUUUUAGUUAGCGGAUACCCUAUCACUAUGGCAUGGAGAUGCUUAUAGAGAAGGGUCUCCUAAAACUAUAAAGUACCUAGAUAAUCAGCUAGUGCUUCAAUUGUACCGCAUGCUGAAGCACUCAAGUUUGAUUGUUUGUUUUAUUAUGAAGUGGAUGGUGGAAAGAUGCACUUGCCCAAUACAUGGCAUUGUUCUAUUGGACUAUGCAGCACCAUGCCUAUUGCACAAAGAUUCCAUCCUGGUGCCAUCUCAUCAUAUAGCAUCUCAUUGCUGAUGGUUUCCAUUCUCUGCGGGCACUUUAGGCCCUGUGGUUUUUUUAUUAUUAUUAUUUUUUUUUAAAUUAAGAUCAGAGGUGUGUGACUCUCUCCACAUGUGCUAAUGGGGUGAGAUGGGCAUUUGGCUUUAUGGGAUGUGAUCGCCUGUCAUGUUAGCAGUAAACAAACUGCAAGGUGGGGAAGAUUUUACCUAUGUGCUCUGGAAGCUGGAAACCUUUCAUCUUAAUUGCAUGUGUAAUAAUGGGACCAAAUUGUCACUGGAGGGAACUGAGAUGGGCCCAUGUUUGCGAUGACUGCACACCUGGGCGUUAAGCACAUAGGUCUGAAACUGUAGACAAGAGUUUUUUCUUGGUUUCCCUCUACCCUCAUUGUACCCUUCCGACACUGUCAACUUGGUGAAAAAUCAGAAUUUACCUAGAAGUUAUAACAUCUUUUUAAUUGUAGACUCUGAUCCCUGGAUUUUUAUCCACCUAUAUCAUCAUGGUUUAAAACUGAUCCUUGCAACACAGUCUUGCUGCUAGUUCAAAAACAAACAAACCUCUAACUUCUAGUACUGUACAUGGGUGAGAGUGCAUCAGCACCAGUUUGUUUGUUUAGGAUCUGGGCUUUAAAAUGGUUUUUCAGUGACCUUUAUAAAGCAUGCCCUGCCUGUGUAGGAAUAUGCUUGCUGAAUAUUAAACCUUCUGAUCCCAACACAAGGAACAAGCAUUACAUUUUCUUUAGACCUUUGCAGGACACACAACACACAGAGGUGGGGGGGGGGGUGUGGUUUUAUUUUUAAAUUCUCCAAGCUGCUUCAGAAUCACAUGCAGGUGGGGGAAAUUAGGAGGCUUAAAGCUACAGUAGCAUUUUUAAGCUAGGUCAAUAGUAGGUAGUCAGUCUUUCUAGGGCACUUUUUGGGUUUGCCUUGGUCAGACAGACAUGGUGGAUUUGCUGGAUUGCUGGGCCUUUUAGCCCACAACCUCUUGUGUCUCAGGAUAUCAACUUCUUUUGGCAGGAAUUUUGCUUUCUUUCUGACCUGUGAUGUUAGAUGGCUUAACUUUAAGAUCAGUGGUUCUUACUGAGCAAAUAACAUUUCUCACACUUGAAGCAUACAAGGUAAAGAUCAUAACCUUUUUUCUGUAGGCUCAAGAUGUUUUACACUUUCUGUUUACAGAGUAGCAGCCGUGUUAGUCUGUAUUCGCAAAAAGAGAAGGAGUACUUGUGGCACCUUAGAGACUAACCAAUUUAUUUGAGCAUAAGCUUUCGUGAGCUACAGCUCACUUCAUCGGAUACAUAAAGUGAAAAAUACUGUAAGGAGAUUUUAUACAUACACACAGACCAUGAAAAAAUAUACAUUGUAAGGAGAGUGAUCACUUAAGAUGAGCUAUUACCAGCAGGAGAGUGGGGUGGGGGGAGAGAAAACCUUUUGAAGUGAUAAUCAAGGUGGGCCAUUUCCAGCACAUUUCCAGGAGUUAACAAGAACGUCUGAGGAACAGUGGGGCGGGGGGAGGAAUAAACAAGGGGAAAUAGUUUCACUUAGUAUAAUGAUUCAACCACUCCCAGUCUCUAUUCAAGCCUAAGUUAAUUGUAUCCAAUUUGCAAAUUAAUUCCAAUUCAGCAGUCUCUUGUUGGAGUCUGUUUUCAAAGUUUUUUUUGUUGAAAGAUAGUCACUCUGAGAUCAGAAAUCGAGUGUCCAGAGAGAUUGAAGUAUCUUAGUGCUUUUAAAAAAAAAAACAUUUUAGCCAAACUUCUGUGAAAUAGGGAAGUACUAUCCUCCAUUGUACAGACUGUGCAAGUGAAGCACGGAGAGAUUGACUUGUGUAGACAUAGAUCUUGCUGGGCAUGAGUAAACUUGCAUAUAGUUUGAUUUGAGUACAAGAUUGUAAAUAAGGUGUGACAGACUGUGUGCUGGAGAUUGUGUUUUCAGGCUAGUUGAAAUAAGUGGGAACAGUGUGAAUUGAUAAACAUGAAAUGUAGAUAAGGUGAAAACAUAAGUUAUUGGUCCUUAUAUGAUGUGCAAAGCGAUUGGUCCUUACAUGAUCCAUACGAUGUCCAAACCAAUUAGAUUAAAAAAGUAUAGAUGUUAGUAGCUAGGAAAAAAGUAUAUAAACUGUGUAGUGUGGGGUCUAAUUUGGAAUUGUGGCAUCACCCUGUACCUAACCCUGCUCAGCAACGGCAUAGAGCUGUUACAUACCUAAUAAAGUAACCUUAAUGAUGAUCUGGAGUCGAGCUGAGUGUUUGGAUCCCAGAGAACUGGAUGGAGCAUUCUCCCAGAACUGUGUGAGGUGUUCUGGAUUAGCCAAGUGGAAAAGAUUUCGGAGGGAAUCCCAACAACUUCUCAAAGGUGAAGAACUGAACAGCUUGAUAACCUAAAGGGAAGGCUCUGAAGCAGCACACAGUGAUGAUUUGCUCACUGAAGGUGUCUUGUGGCUUAAAGGAAAAGGGUUACAGAGCUCCAGUGUGACCCUGCCUCUCUGCUGUGACCUGCCUGAAUGACCCUGCCGUACCUUCCAUACGGAAGCCUGUCAGCUGGCAGUGGUAGUACUGAGAUUUACUUGAGUCUGAUGAGAGGAGAGCCAGGCAACUGGAUGCUAGGGGUUCUGCUGACUGUACUUGUCUGAGCCAGGGCAAUUCCAUACCAAUGAUUAAUGCUGAAGACAGCUACCUGAGCCCAGGGGAGUUGAUCCACAGUUUGGUACGUGAGACAUAUGCCAGCCCUCCAGCUGGAACACUAGCAAGUUGGAUUUAGCCUGCCACUUCCCCACUCGGUAUGACUGGCCCAGAACGUAUGGGCUGCCACUCUAAUUCCAACGGGCUGGAAGUUGAAUCUCUUUCCACUUUGACAAGGGAGACACUCCACUGCAGUGCCACUUCCUUCCUGUUCCUCUCCCGCAAGGAGUUGCAAGCCUGAAACGAGUGGAUCAUUCUAUGUCUCUGAUGACCAGGACAGCAUCCCACAGCUGCUAUCAGUCUGGAGCUGUGAUGACUCCAGAAAGGGCCAUGGCUACUGUAGGCAGCCCUGGGACACAAAACUAGCAGAGGCUUAACCUCUUCACUUGCACGGCAUGCCCUCUUGUGUCACGGAUACUAGCUCUGUUACUACCCACCAAGUACCUUGUCUCCUUAACUGGCUUCUGGGAUGGGAGUAAUGUCACUCAGGUCCUCGUGGGAGGAACAUGGCCCAGCUGGCUGUGCUAGCAGGAGUCCCAACUAAGGAUGUAGCUACAGAACACUAGCAUAAAAAAGCAGAUUGGGAGGGGCUUUGAUCCAUGCCCCUUGUCCUGCCGAUCGAGCGAUGGGCCGCUUGGAUGACCAUGCCAAGAAGCGGAUAGUGGAGCUGCGCAAAGCUGGGCUGAGCUUCCGCAAAAUCAAGAAGGUCCUAGAGCUGGACAACAUCCGGGUGACCCCGCAGGCUGUCUACCUGUUCCUCAAGCGUAAGAAUGUGGAGCCGGCACAGCCUCCAGGAGUCUCCCAUCUCCAACCAGCCGGAGGCCGUGGGAGUAGGAGAACGGCCAUCAACCGGGCUGGCUGGGAGGACGAGCAGCUCUGGAACUUGCUGCAGGAAAAUGAGACUGAACAGAACAAGCAGGCAGAGCCCAGGGGCAGCAGGCAGCCAGGUCCCAGGCCCCCAGCACUCCCCGGAAGAGCCACCAUGAGCUGCAAGGAGCCACACCUCAAUGACAACCAAGACUGCAAGGACAGCAUCAAAAUAAUCAGUGUCACGUCGCUGUGCAAGGAUAGUGAGCAGUUUGGGAAGGUGCCUGCAGUGCCCAUGGGCCCGUCUCCAGUGGCACAGCUAUCCCCUAUUAACAGUGAUGACUGCUCUGGGAUUCGGACCUCAGCUGUGGGUAGCCACCCGGCUCCACUCCCACCAGCCAUGGUGCAGCAGCAGCUGAACAGCAGGGGCAGGAUGUUCUUGCCACCUGCCAGGAAUCCAGCCUUAAUUGUGAAGAAGAAGAUUGUGGACAGGGCUAUCCACCUCCAGAAAAAGGCAACCAUUCACAACGGGCACAGUCCAUCUGACUCAACGACUGUCCUGCCCUUCUUGGUGGGAGUGCAGCCGGCCAGCCAGCCUCCCAGGGCGAACCCAUCUGUCAUGGCAGCCUCUAUGAGCCACAGCGCACAUGUCAAAGAUGCCAGCACUCAAACGGCCCUGCUUAACCCUACCUGUCCUUCAGGCAAUCAGAACCCUGUGUGGGGUGGGCAGAUGCUGGCCCUCUCACCCAGCCCCCAUGCCAUUGCCGAGAAGCUGGAUGCUGUACACACACAGGUACAGAAACUGACGCAUGCAAUGCACGCGGUGCUAGAGAGGCAGUGCCGCAUGGAGCGCCAGCAGGAGCAGCAGCAGCGUUUCCAGCAAGAGGUGCUGAUGACGCUUCAGCAGCUCAGCUCCACUGUGAGCCAUGGGACAGUGCCAGGAAACGAGCCCUGUGUCCCCUUCAACAGCAUGGCUGAUCCCUUGCCCACUGUGCCAAACUUCAGCCAAUUCAAGAUGGAGCUUAUCUGAUGAAAGGCUGAUGCCAACAUACAUGGGCCUGGGCAUAAGAGUGGCAUGGAGCUAGCUCUGGACAAAGCUGCUGACAUGGGCCACCCUAGCAGAAGUAUAAAGGGAUCCCAAGCAGGCAGCUGCAGCUGAGUGAAGAGAAGCAGGCAUUAGCACUUCAUAAACUGCAGCUCUAGGAGCCUGGCUAAGGACCUGCUACUGCAAGAACAGAAGACUGGGAGGAGGAAGGCCACCAAUAACAUCGAGACUCAAUCUGCUUUGGCCUAGUUAAUCCAGACCUGCUUCCACCAGGAAGAGGCAUGUACCAAUGGGAAGCUGAAAUAACACAUGCUAAAGGAAAGCCUUAAUUCUAGCCACGGUAUACAGCAAAUGAAAUACUGGUUUAGCCCCCAAGGCUCAAAGGAUAUGGGACUCCAGUAGCUUAGAGAGGCUGGCUACAUUAGAAGGAAACCAUGGUGGCAGGCAUCACUCUCUCCUUGUCAGAGCAAGCAUUUAAUGUUUACACGGGGAAGGGAGUGUAAGCGUUAGAAUGUCCAGGAGCUUCGGUUUUGGACACUUUGUGCCCUUUCUUUCAGAGUGGUAUGUGGAGAGUAAAAUAAUCUCAGUAAAGUCUAUACACCCACUGCUCUAGAAACAGA